AUGUCUGCCAUGAAGUAUGCCUUCUUGGCUUCGGCAGCUCUCCAAAUCGUUAAUGCUCACGGAACGGUGAACGGUAUCCAGGCCGAUGGUGUCUUCUAUCAAGGAUAUAGUCCGCAGAUGCAGUACCAGAAGCCUCCACCGCAAGUCGUUGGCUGGUCUAUCCCCAAAGAUUUGUCCAACGGCUUCGUUGCGGUGGACAAGUACGCGGACCCGGAUAUCAUCUGCCAUGUCGGCGCAGAGCCCGCGCCCAUCGCCGCGAAAGUGACGGCCGGAUCCAAAGUAACAGUGUACUGGACCGACUGGCCCGAUUCGCAUCACGGACCGAUGAUGGACUAUCUGGCGCCUUGCAACGGAGAUUGUGCAAACGUCAAGAAGGAAGAUCUCGAGUUCUUCAAGAUCGAUGCCGUCGGCCUCGUUGACGGAGCCAAGGCGCCCGGAAAAUGGGGAUCGGAUGACAUGCUCUCGAACAACAAGUCGUGGACGAUGACGAUCCCGGCAAACAUCGCUCCCGGACAGUAUGUCCUCCGCCAUGAGACGAUUGCAUUGCAUGAGGCCGGACGAGAGGGAGGCGCACAGAAUUACCCUCAGUGCCUUAACCUCGAUAUCCAGGGAGGCGGAUCCGAGAAGCCGCCAGGAGUCAAGGCAACGCAACUGUACAAGUCCAGUGACGAAGGCAUAAAGGUGAACAUUUACAAGGAUAACCUCGAGUAUACCAUUCCCGGACCGCCGGUCGUUGGAGAGCAGCCGAAGCCUAACCGACGACGAAGGGUGACCGUCAUCUACUGA